AUGACCAAACAGCGCGAAUCCAGCCAGCCGAAGAUUUUGGCGCGGGCCUGUCAGUUUUGCCGCGCGAGGAAGAUCAAGUGCGAUACCCAACGCCCCAGCUGCAGCUCGUGCAUCACCCAGAAAAAGGAAUGUGUGUACGUGCUGGAGGCGCCGAAACGGAGGCCGUCCACCGCCAUCGUCAACGCGCUGCAGAACGAGAAGAAGGCGCUCGAGGACGUCCUUCUGCUGCUGAAGAGAGCGUCUCCAGACGAGGUACCCGGCAUUCUAGAGUCCGUCCCCAUUGUAAAUGGCAACGUUGUUCUCAGGCGGCAUUCCCCAACUCCAGCCGUAUCAGAUGAGAAAAAGCUCGCUCGCCCCGAAACGGGACAUCCAUCCGACGACGAUGGCGCUGGCAUCUCGUCGGAUGAGGACCUCGACGUACUGCCAUUUCUUUCUAUCGACGAGGGCGGAAAGGUUGAUUCUUUUGGGCCCUCGUCUGCUCUUCAGGGUCCCACCAAGCCAAUUCUUCCCACUGAGCUGCCGGUUGCCGAGCAUGUCCGCAACCAACUGAUCGCAAAUGCAAUCCUACAGCGGCAGCGAGAACAUGACCUUUGCUACCGGCAGGACAUAUUCGGGGUCCCCAUGGAGCUUGCCAAACACCUGCUCGACCUCCAUUGGAAUCGUCAGCACCACACUUUCCUGCUCACCUAUCGCCCGGCUAUCAUGAGAGAUUUGGUCCAAAGCGGCCCCUAUUGUUCUGAAUUCCUAAUUACUGCCAUAUUCGCAUGUUCUAGCAAGUACUCCCAGAGAAUUGAGGUUCGAGAUAAUCCUGUUGAUCCUACUUCGUCUGGAAGGCGGUUCUUCGCCCGCUGUGGUCAGCUCCUGGCUGAACGAUCAUUACUGAACUCUUCCAGUAUUGCAACAUUGGUAGGAUUACUGCUUCUUGGAUCGACAUACAAUGCGCGCGGUGACACGUCUAAAGGGUGGCUCUACACGGGCUAUGCGCUUCGCAUGGUGUACGAUUUGGGGCUGCACUUGGAUUACAAGGCCACUACCGCAAAUGCAGAGGAUAUUGAGAUCCGCAGACGGGUGUUCUGGGGUGCAUUCAUUUGCGACAAGCUACAGAGCUUGUAUCUUGGGCGGCCCAUGACCAUCCAUUUGCGAGAUGUUCAUGUUUCCCGGAAUUUUAUGGACACCAUGGAGGAAAAGGAGCUGUGGACGCCUUAUGUCGACCCUUUGAUCCCAGCGGAGAACAUGGCUGGCAUUCCACGAAACCCUACUCCAAUUCAUUCGGUUUCUACAUUCCAGCAGUUGUGCCUGUUGUCUAGGAUAAUGACCAAAAUUAUCAAUCGAUUUUACGUGGUUGGUGCCACAGCUGCCGACGCCAGGGCUAGUCUCCAAUCUAUAGACGAUGCCCUUAUUUCUUGGAAAGACAGUCUUCCGACUGACCUCAAAUUCGAGCCUUGGUCGGAUAACCCGAUCGCCCAACAGGCGAGACCAGCUCCUAAUGUCAUGAUCUUGAGUGCGCUAUACCACUCACUCGUUAUCCUUCUGCAUCGACCGUUCAUCUCAGAUGGCCAUCUUCGUUCCGCAGUUCCCCCAGCUAGUUCCUGGAAGAGGUGUUCUACAGCAGCUAGGAAUAUUACCAGUAUUGUUGUCGCUUACCAGGCCACGUACACAUUGCGAGGAGCACCAUAUUUGAUGAGCUAUGCCGUAUACGUCGCAUGUACAAUCCAUGUUCGCAAUGCAGCAGCUACUGAGAGGGACCAGCCUGCCGAGAAUUCGUCACUGUUGUCCACGAGUUUACACAGUUUGGAUGAGCUUUCUCUACCUAAUGUUGGUAUUUCUAAGCCCGCGAGCAUUAUCCGCAAUAUUAUGGCUACGAAUGGUAUUAAAUUAGUUUCAGGUAUGGCACCAAUUUUAACUCCUUCAUCCCAUCGAAUACCAAGGAUUAACAUAAAAUUUCAAGAACCGCGAGGCGUGGACAUUCAUUCUCCGUCAUCGCUAGAUCUCGAUGCGAUCUUGCGUAUGUUCCCAUCACGAUCUCCCAUACCCGAAGGGCUAGAGCAACCAACUACUUUCGGGCCGGGCUUUAGCCUAAGCAACGACCCUUACGCUCCAGAGGACCUCUUGUAUGGAUUUAUGAAUGGAGAAACACCCUCUUUUACCGAUUUUACGGCAGACGGCGUUUUCCGCAUGUGA